CUUUCUGGGUUUCUAGGUGACUUGGCUGGCCCCUCUGGAUGAGUUCUACUUUAAACCUGCUGCUGCUGCCUCCUCUGUAUUGGGGGGGCUCCCACAGGGGCCCCCAGGCAGGAGCCCCCCCAGCCAAGCCCUGCGGGAGGGGCUGGGGCCCCCACCCCGGCCGGUGCCCAUGGACCUGCCCCUUCCGUUCCUCUGAUCACUGGAACACAGAUUUCAGGGCACCUGCUGUGGGCCAGGAGCUGCACAACCCCUCCUUUGGGGACACCCACGAGGCUUCAGCCACCUCUGGGCAAACAACCAUCCUUCGCUAUGCAGUUUUUGAGCUAAGAGGCUCACUAAGACUGGCUCCCAUCACAGGGUCAGCAGCGCAAGAACUGCGGCAAGGUUUUCUCUGGAAAGCCAGGAUGCCUGGGUCCUCAAAGGAGGUGGCAGCUCCAAGCCUCCAGAGCUGAGGGGCGGGGGAGGGGCGCCUGCCGGCGGGAGGCCCAUUAGCCAGCUAAGUGCUCCCUGGGAGGGGGAGACUGUGCUGCAUCAGGAGGGGGUGAGGCAAAGUGAGGGCACGCGGGUGGAGUGCGAUGGAGAGAGAUGGGGUGAUGUUUCCUGGGCUCAGCUAAGUACGGUAGGAGUGGGGUAGAGGACAAGGGUCUGUGUCCCCCAGCUUUAUUAUCUUCGCCUUUUCCACCUGGAGUCCUCAACCGGCUGACCUUGGCAGCAUGUCUUGAGCAUCUCCAACACCCGUCUUUCCAGGUGCACCCUCAACAGCCCUGUGCCCCCAAGCAAACCCACCUUAUCUAAGGCCUCUGAGUCCUCCCGAGCCAGCGGACCAACAAAGCCCCCCAAUUCCGCUCCAUCACCCCUUUGGCUGCAGUCGCCGCCCCGACCGCCAGGGGGCGCCGCCGCAGGUCGGGCGGCACCGCCGCGGUGGGAGGGGGCGGCACCGCCCGACGAGGCGGGGCUCGGCGGGGGCGGGGCCGGGCGCCGAGUCUCCGGUCCGUCCGGGACAGACUGGCUGGCGGGCGGGCGGGCGCUGACGCCGCGGGGCCAGAGCGGGCCGCGCGGGAGUGUGUGGAGAGAGCAGUGGCACCGUCGGUUCCCGUCGGGGCUUCGAAAGUCCCCGAGCCGCCUCUGGCUUGGCCAUGGCGGGUGCGAGGCCGGGCGUCCACGCGCUGCAGCUGGAGCCGCCCACCGUGGUGGAGACCCUGCGGCGCGGGAGUAAGUUCAUCAAAUGGGACGAGGAGGCCUCCAGUCGGAACCUGGUGACCCUGCGUGUGGACCCCAAUGGCUUCUUCCUGUACUGGACAGGACCCAACAUGGAGGUGGACACACUGGACAUCAGCUCCAUCAGGGACACAAGGACAGGUCGUUAUGCCCGCCUGCCCAAGGAUCCCAAGAUUCGAGAAGUCCUAGGCUUUGGGGGCCCUGAUACCCGGCUGGAGGAAAAACUGAUGACAGUGGUAGCUGGGCCAGAUCCAGUAAAUACCACAUUCUUGAACUUCAUGGCCGUGCAAGAUGACACGGUCAAGGUCUGGUCAGAGGAGUUGUUUAAACUGGCUAUGAACAUAUUGGCUCAGAACGCCUCCCGGAACACCUUCCUGCGGAAAGCAUACACGAAGCUGAAGCUGCAGGUGAACCAGGAUGGACGGAUUCCGGUCAAGAACAUUCUGAAGAUGUUCUCAGCAGACAAGAAGCGGGUGGAGACUGCACUGGAGUCCUGUGGCCUUAACUUCAACCGGAGUGAGUCCAUUCGCCCUGAUGAGUUUUCCUUGGAAAUCUUUGAGCGGUUCUUGAACAAACUGUGUCUGCGCCCAGAUAUUGACAAGAUCCUGCUGGAGAUAGGUGCCAAGGGCAAGCCGUACCUCACCCUGGAGCAGCUCAUGGACUUUAUCAACCAGAAGCAAAGAGACCCAAGACUCAACGAAGUGCUGUACCCGCCGCUCCGGUCCUCACAGGCUCGGCUGCUCAUUGAGAAGUAUGAACCGAACAAACAGUUCCUAGAGCGUGACCAGAUGUCUAUGGAGGGCUUCAGCCGCUACUUGGGAGGGGAGGAAAAUGGUAUCCUGCCGCUGGAGGCCCUGGAUCUGAGCAUGGACAUGACGCAGCCACUGAGUGCAUACUUCAUCAAUUCCUCACACAAUACCUAUCUCACUGCGGGCCAGCUGGCUGGAACAUCAUCGGUGGAGAUGUACCGCCAGGCACUGCUAUGGGGCUGCCGCUGUGUGGAGCUGGAUGUGUGGAAGGGACGGCCGCCAGAGGAAGAGCCCUUCAUUACCCAUGGUUUCACCAUGACCACUGAGGUGCCAUUACGUGAUGUGCUAGAGGCCAUCGCUGAGACAGCCUUCAAGACCUCACCCUACCCUGUCAUCCUCUCCUUCGAGAACCAUGUAGACUCGGCAAAGCAGCAGGCCAAGAUGGCUGAGUACUGCCGCUCUAUCUUUGGGGAUGCGCUGCUCAUUGACCCACUGGACAAGUACCCGCUAUCUGCAGGCAUCCCCCUGCCUAGUCCACAGGACCUGAUGGGCCGUAUCCUGGUGAAGAAUAAGAAGCGGCAUCGGCCCAGCACAGGCGUCCCUGACAGCUCAGUGCGCAAGCGGCCUCUGGAACAGAGCAACUCAGCCCUGAGCGAGAGCUCAGCCGCCACAGAGCCCUCCUCACCCCAGCUUGGGUCCCCCAGCUCCGACAGCUGCCCUGGCCUAAGCAAUGGGGAGGAGGUGGGACUUGAGAAGACCAGCCUGGAGCCUCAGAAGUCUUUAGGUGAGGAGGGCCUCACCCGGGGACCUAAUGUUCUCAUGUCUGACCGUGACCGAGAGGAUGAGGAGGAAGAUGAAGAAGAAGAGGAAACAACGGAUCCAAAGAAGCCCACCACUGAUGAGGGCACAGCCAGCAGUGAGGUCAAUGCCACGGAGGAGAUGUCGACGCUCGUCAACUACGUUGAGCCUGUCAAGUUCAAGUCCUUUGAGGCUGCUCGAAAAAGGAACAAGUGCUUCGAGAUGUCAUCCUUCGUGGAGACCAAGGCAAUGGAGCAACUAACCAAGAGUCCCAUGGAGUUUGUGGAAUACAACAAACAGCAGCUUAGCCGCAUCUAUCCCAAGGGCACACGAGUGGACUCCUCCAACUAUAUGCCUCAGCUCUUCUGGAACGUGGGUUGCCAGCUCGUUGCCCUCAACUUCCAGACCUUGGACUUGCCAAUGCAGCUCAACGCAGGCGUGUUUGAGUACAACGGGCGCAGUGGGUACUUGCUCAAGCCUGAGUUUAUGCGGCGGCCGGACAAGUCUUUUGACCCCUUCACUGAGGUCAUCGUCGACGGCAUAGUGGCCAACGCCUUGCGGGUCAAGGUGAUUUCGGGGCAGUUCCUGUCAGACAGGAAGGUGGGCAUCUAUGUCGAGGUGGACAUGUUUGGUCUCCCAGUUGACACAAGACGCAAAUACCGCACACGGACAUCCCAGGGGAACUCAUUCAACCCUGUGUGGGAUGAGGAGCCCUUUGACUUCCCCAAGGUUGUGCUGCCCACGCUGGCCUCACUUCGCAUUGCAGCCUUUGAGGAGGGUGGCAGAUUCGUUGGGCACCGUAUCCUGCCUGUCUCUGCUAUCCGCUCAGGAUACCACUAUGUCUGCCUGCGAAAUGAGGCCAACCAACCGUUGUGCCUGCCUGCCCUGCUUAUCUACACUGAAGCUUCUGACUACAUCCCAGAUGACCACCAGGACUAUGCGGAGGCCUUGAUUAACCCCAUCAAGCACGUCAGCCUAAUGGACCAGCGGGCCAAGCAGCUGGCUGCUCUCAUUGGAGAGAGUGAGGCUCAGGCCAGUACAGAGACAUAUCAGGAGACCCCGUCUCAACAGCCAGGGUCACAGCUCCCCUCCAACCCCACAUCUAACCCACUGGACGCCUCACCUCGCUGGCCUCCAGGUCCUACCACUUCCCCUACCAGCACAUCCCUCAGUAGCCCAGGGCAGCGAGAUGAUUUGAUUGCCAGCAUCCUCUCUGAGGUGACCCCUACACCUCUAGAGGAGCUCCGAAGCCACAAGGCUAUGGUGAAGCUCCGGAGCCGGCAGGAUCGAGAUCUGAGGGAGCUGCAUAAAAAACACCAGCGCAAGGCUGUGGCCCUCACCCGGCGCCUUCUGGACGGCCUGGCCCAGGCCAGGGCUGAGGGGAAGUGCCGACCCUCCCCCAGUGCCCUGGGCAAGGCCACCAACGUGGAGGACGUGAAGGAGGAAGAAGAGGAUGCCAAACAGUAUCGAGAGUUCCAGAACCGACAAGUACAGAGCCUGCUGGAGCUGAGGGAAGCCCAGGCAGAUGCAGUGACUGAGCGGAAGCUGGAGCAUCUGCGACAGGCUCAGCAGCGGCUCAGGGAGGUUGUCCUGGAUGCACACACAACUCAGUUCAAGAGGCUGAAGGAGCUGAAUGAAAGGGAGAAGAAGGAGCUUCAGAAGAUCCUGGACAGGAAGCGCAACAACAGUAUCUCAGAGGCCAAGACGAGGGAGAAACAUAAGAAGGAGGUGGAACUGACAGAGAUUAAUCGGCGGCACAUCACCGAGUCAGUGAACUCCAUCAGACGGCUGGAAGAGGCCCAGAAGCAGCGCCAUGAGCGCCUCGUGGCAGGGCAGCAGCAGGUCCUCCAGCAGUUAGUGGAAGAGGAACCCAAGCUGCUGGCCCAGCUGACCCAGGAGUGUCAGGAACAGCGAGAGAGGUUGCCCCAGGAGAUUCGUCGGUGCCUGCUGGGCGAGACAUCAGAGGGAUUAGGGGACGGCCCCCUGGUGGCCUGUGCCAGCAAUGGUCAUGCACCUGGGAGUAGUGGGCACCUGUCCGGCGCUGACUCGGAGAGCCAGGAGGAGAACACCCAGCUUUGAACUGGCUGAGCAAGAGAUAUGGAAACAGGCCCCGAAUGGAAGAUGCAUUUACUGGGCUAUAGCUAAGUGGAGACCUGCUGGAAGGCAGGAUGGCCUGCGUACUAGCUCUGCUAGCGGUCUUCACCAGCCUGGAGGACAUGCUCUGAGCCUGGGACCAGCCAGGAUCACCAGAGACCCUGUGGCAAGAGGAUGGGCCAAGCUCUGCAGCUGGGGCAGGCUGGCACUUCUUCAAGGCCUCUCCCAGUUUCCUGGCGGCUGGGGACUGGUUGCUCCCUCCAGAGGAAGGCAGCCUCUUAUCUGGGCUUAUCUCCUGCCAAUGAAGUGUUUGCUUUGCUUUGUUUUUGUUGCAGCCUCAGGCAAACAGAUCGGGUAGGAAGGCUAGAGAAACUGGGUGGCCAGGGUUGGGCUUCUCAGGGCGAAGGCCUCAGCUCUCUCUGAGACUCCAGCCAUUGUCCAAGUCACCUUCAGCUGCCAGUCCGUGUCAUGUUCCCAGAACUGCCACUUUUCCGUAUCCCAUGUCCUAUAUCAGUGACUGUCUGACCUCCAUUUUUCCCAAACACUCCAUGUGGGCUGGGGCCCUCAAAAAUAAGCUAAGUCCCAAGAUUCUGGUGGGUCCAUCUGCAGAGAGUGUCAGUUCCAGACAUAGCCUCACCUUCAAGUCUGACCUACUCCUUGAGGCCUUGUUGUGGGGGCCACCCCCUCCCAUGUUCCGGAAAGCAAAGAGUUGUGGCGCAAUUUAUCAGCAUAUCCAGCACAAAGCACUGGCCUGGGCUACAGGGGCGCCAAUAAAUCUCUGAACUGA